AUGUCAUUAUUCGGCACAUCUCCGGAGGACUCUCCUUCUCCGGGGGUUCAAUCCGCUCAGAAAUCCAAGUCCUCCCUCUUCGCCGACGAACCCUUCGGUGGUGGUAAUUCCGCCCUGGGCUCAUCCUCCCUCUUCGCUGACGACGACAGUUCGAGCUCCCUCUGGAAUAACAAUACAAGCAAGCGAACCGCCCGGCAUGAGAUCGUGAAAACACUACUGCCAGAGUCUGAUGUUCCCGACAGCUAUAUUGACGCCUACGACCUGGUGCUGUCGGGUGGAGAUCGCGUCGGCGCCCGGGUGGGCUUGACCUCCGUUCGGGAGAUCCUGUCCGGCAGCGGACUAAGCGCCACCGACCAGGCGAAGAUUCUCAAUCUCGUUGUUUCGGGCGACGGCGACGACGCGAAUGGCCUCGGUCGUAGCGAGUUCAAUGUGCUGUUAGCGCUUGUAGGUCUUGCGCAGGAGGGCGAGGAUUUGACAUUUGACGCGGUCGAUGAUCGACGCAAGAAGCUCCCGACUCCUCAGAGCUCAUAUUUGGACACGCUGCAGGCGAGACAGGAAUCUGCCACCUCCGACCAGCCCGCCGAACGACCAGCCACACCCCCUUCCCGCUCAACGCAAGCCCAAGAACCGAACUCCGCACAUUCCCGCAGGUCCGGUCGCGACACAUUGGGCGGCCUAGAAUCAGACCCUUGGGGUAGUCCUCAGUUACACCGCGAUCAUGCACAUGCGCAAACCGACUCUAACAACCCCGUGUUGAAUGGCUACGGGAGUGUGCGAUCGACGACGAACGCUUGGGCCAAUCGCCCUGGUGAGGAAAGCGGUCGCAGUGAUGUUACCUCGAGCCAUCGCGCAAAUGGACAAAUGGAUGCGGGAUCUGCUGCUAGCAGCGCAGGGCUUGGCUGGGGCGAAAGCUUCGGCAAUUCGCCCGUUGCGGGUGGACUUGGAGGCGGGCCUGUCCAAGCUGGACUUGGUAGCUUCGGCCCUUCAAGCAAUGUGCAGGGCGAGUCGAAUUCUCGCCGCCGGUCCCUUGGCAUUGGCCGUGUGUCCAGUCCGCAUCUGGAGGAGUUAAUCACCGUCACCCUGCUACCGGAAAAGGAGGGCAUGUUUAUGUUCCAGCAUCGCAACUACGAGGUGAAGUCCGCCCGGAGAGGAAGCACCGUCAUCCGUCGAUACAGCGAUUUUGUCUGGUUACUGGACUGUCUCCACAAACGGUACCCCUUCCGACAGUUACCCCUUCUUCCCCCGAAGAGACUUUCAGCGGACUCUACAUCAUUCCUCGAAAAGCGUCGUCGCGGACUCGUUCGGUUCACCAAUGCCCUCGUUCGUCAUCCGGUUCUUAGCCAGGAACAGUUGGUCAUUAUGUUUUUGACCGUACCUACGGAGCUUUCUGUCUGGCGAAAGCAAGCUACGAUCUCGGUUCAGGAUGAGUUCACCGGCAAGGAUCUUCCUCCGGACCUGGAGGACUCGCUGCCGGCCAGUCUGACGGAUACGUUUGAAACGGUCCGAGGCGGGGUCAAACGGUCGGCAGAGGUCUAUAUUAAUCUCUGCACACUGCUUGACCGCCUGGCCAAGCGCAACGAAGGGCUUGCCGCGGACCAUCUGCGGUUUUCUCUCGGACUACAAUCACUAACGGAAGUGACUCGAGACACCUAUGCCAUCGACACCAACGACGUCCCUCUACUUAACGAGGGCAUCAAGGCGACUGCCAGCCAUCUGUCCGCGAGCCAGAGCUUGCUCGAGGACGAGGCACGGGCCUGGGAGGCGGGAAUUCUAGAGGACCUCAAGCGCCAGCGGGACUGCCUGGUUAGCGUGCGAGAGAUGUUCGACCGACGUGACCGGUACGCGCGCAGUAAUAUUCCGCAGUUGGAGCGACGCAUCGAGACCAACGAGCGCAAGCUGCAAGACCUGCGUACUCGGCCUCAGGGCACCGUCAAGCCGGGCGAGAUUGAGAAGAUGGAGGAGUCGAUUUUCAAGGACAAGGAAUCGAUUGUACAGCAACACGCACGCGGGGUGUUCAUCACGGAAUGCAUCCGCGACGAGCUGUUGUAUUUCCAACAGAGCCAGUAUCACAUCAGCCGCCUGCACCAGGACUGGAGCCAGGAGCGGGUCAAUGACAUGGAGCGUCUCACGGCCGGGGCACCCAGCAGGUUUCGGUACCUGAGAGCAUCGGCAAGUCCCAUCCGACUGGCCGGUGGGGGCGGACGAGCUGGCGGCCAAUGGGCAGGCGUCACGGGAGUCUUGGCCGCCCUGCAGGGCUGGGCGCGGAUGCCGUACGCGGGUUGGCUGAGUCAGCGCCCACCCUUCUUCAUUUUUGCUUUUCCUUAUCUUUUCUUCCUCCCUCGCCCUCCUCCUUCCCCAACUCAAUCCCAGGCGCCGAGUCGAAGCAGAAAGUCGUCCAGAUCCUCCAACCAGAGGGUCCGCUCCGCCAAGCCGCGAGUGCGCAGCCUUCCGCGAGUGAAACUGACGCUCGCCUGGCAAAUCCCCGCCGGGUCUCCUCCUGCCGCGUCUGGGCGUCGCAUCUGA